AUGCAGUCAGUCAGCACUAGUGUUUCCUCGCCAUUACGUCGCGAAUUGUCCGUGUCACCAAUACCUACCGGGCAAAAGAGAGCGGCCUCUGAUGACUAUGUUGACAGCCAAGAAGGAAAUGCACUUGACACACCUCCUGCAAAAAAGAUUCGGAAUCUCGAUCCACCAACACUGCUACAACAAACGUUGACGUCCAACGAUAGCUUUCGAUCCGUACUGACAGAGACGUCGAAUUUGUUUGAUCAAUCCGAUGUCGACACUCAAGUACCUCGAGACAAUACGCCACAGCAAACGCAGGAGAACAAUAAGGACAAUGAUGAUGAUGGUGGUCCAAUAGACAACAAACUCGGAUGGCCUUGUGAUGGAGCAACAUACCCCAAUGCAGCAAGCUUCAUAGAUGAUGACAAUGAUGAAAACGACGAUGAUGAUGAUGAUGAACUCGAUCUUGCCUCGUUUGUAUCAGCGCGACGAUCAUUAUUCAAUGAGCUACAAAGCAGUGAAAUUAAUCACCCAGAAGAUGACGACGACGUUGAUGACAUUGCAUAUGAAGAAUCACGACGCGAUCUUUAUGAAGCGAUUCUUGGAGAUGAGGAAGACGAGGAUAUUGGCUUGGAUGAAGGAAGCAGCUGGUUACAGGAACCUGCGCAUUCAUGUGGUCCGCAACACUACGACGACGACAUUGACGACUUUUUCUCCAGCAGCCAUGUAGAAGAUAGCAUCGCUACAGAACGUAUUCCAUCACCUCAACUUAUCAAACGUUUACGCAAUUGGCAAAAGAUUCGACCCGGUUAUUUAUCAUCCAAACCACGCUUUCUUACCAAUCACUAUUUUGAAACGAAUGGACCUAAAUCAUGCGACAUGGAUGAGGAGAUGCCUGACGAGAAAGAACAUCCAAUGUGCAAAGAGAGCUAUUUAGACACCAAUUUUGUGCUCAUGGAUCGUCUUGGUUCAGGUGAAUUCGCUGAUGUUUACAAGGCUCGUCGACGCGAUUCAAACACACUUUUGGCUAUCAAGAGAACCAAGCACCCUUUUGCUGGCUACGACGAUCGAUGGCAACAAAUUAUCGAAGCCAAUCACAUGAAUGCUGUCAAAGGAAAUCGACAUUGCGUAGAACUCUUGAGCGCAUGGGAAGAAAACGGGUUUUUAUUCAUGGAAAUGGAACUAUGUCGUCGUGGAAGUUUACAUCAAUUUAUCAAUACAAGUGAUCAAGUGCCCGAACCAAUGGCAUGGGCCAUCAUUGGCGAGGUUGCAGAGGGGUUAAAAGCGAUCCAUGACGCUGAUAUCAUUCAUCUUGACUUGAAACCAUCCAACAUUUUGAUUGAUGAUAUGGGAAGGAUAAAAAUUGGUGAUUUUGGCUUAUCGGUUCGAGAACCUGUGGAUUCACGAUGGGUUAAAGGAGAAGGCGAUCGUCGAUAUAUGGCACCAGAGCUGCUACGUGACAUCUUCCAUAAACCAGCUGAUAUCUUUAGUCUUGGGUUAAUUAUGCUUGAGUUAUCGACCCGAAUUGAGCUACCGGAUACAGGUGAACUUUGGGAGCAAUCACGACUAGGCGAUUUUUCAUGCUGGUCCCAAGACCUGUCAAGGACAUCCAAUGAUAUACAAGCAUUUAUACGGUGGCUCCUCACAGCGGAUUGGCAAAAGCGACCCACCAUUUCUCAGGUACUGCAGCAUCAGCAGGUCGUUGAAGCAAAAACAAACAACAAGAAUGGAUCUCAAGGCAUUCUUUACGAUUACGCGCAACAAGAAGAUUUACCAGAGAAUUCCCCUCAUCGAAAUAUUUACUCCACACCAAAGCACAAGUUCCCUUUAUCUCAAGAAUACUAG